AUGGCCCCUCACAAGAGCAGUGGUCAUGGCCCUCACAAGAGCAGUGAUCAUGGCCCUCACAGGAGCAGUGAUCACGGCCCUUACAAGAGCAGUGAUCAUGGCCCUCACAAGAGCAGUGAUCAUGGCCCUCACAAGAGCAGUGAUCAUGGCCCUCACAAGAGCAGUGGUCAUGGCCCUCACAAGAGCAGUGAUCAUGGCCCUCACAGGAGCAGUGAUCACGGCCCUCACAAGAGCAGUGAUCAUGGCCCUCACAAGAGCAGUGAUCAUGGCCCUCACAGGAGCAGUGAUCACGGCCCUCACAAGAGCAGUGAUCAUGGCCCUCACAAGAGCAGUGAUCAUGGCCCUCACAAGAGCAGUGAUCAUGGCCCUCACAAGAGCAGUGAUCAUGGCCCUCACAGAGAGGCUGUUCCCUCCUGCUGUGUUUCCCCUAAACCCCACAACGAUCCUGGGGGAUGGAGGGCCACACCUCCAUCCCCCAGGAUCAGGGCAACACCUCCAUCCCCCAGGAUCAGGGCCACACCUCCAUCCCCCAGGAUCAGGGCCACACCUCCAUCCCCCCAGCAUCAGGGCCACACCUCCAUCCCCCAGCAUCAGGGCCACACCUCCAUCCCCCAGGAUCAGGGCCACACCUCCAUCCCCCAGGAUCAGGGCCACACCUCCAUCCCCCAGCAUCAGGGCCACACCUCCAUCCCCCAGGAUCAGGGCCACACCUCCAUCCCCCAGCAUCAGGGCCACACCUCCAUCCCCCAGCAUCAGGGGCCACACCUCCAUCCCCGAGCAUUAGGGCCACACCUCCAUCCCCCAGGAUCAGGGCCACACCUCCAUCCCCCAGCAUCAGGGCCACACCUCCAUCCCCCAGCAUUAGGGCCACACCUCCAUCCCCCAGCAUCAGGGGCCACACCUCCAUCCCCCAGCAUUAGGGCCACACCUCCAUCCCCCAGCAUCAGGGGCCACACCUCCAUCCCCCAGCAUCAGGGGCCACACCUCCAUCCCCCAGCAUCAGGGGCCACACCUCCAUCCCCCAGCAUCAGGGCCACACCUCCAUCCCCCAGGAUCAGGGCCACACCUCCAUCCCCCAGGAUCAGGGCCACACCUCCAUCCCCCCAGCAUCAGGGCCACACGUCCAUCCCCCAGCAUCAGGGCCACACGUCCAUCCCCCAGCAUCAGGGGCCACUUCUCCAUCCCCCAGCAUCAGGGCCACACCUCCAUCCCCCCAUCAUCAGGGCCACACCUCCAUUCCCCAGGAUCAGGGCCACACGUCCAUCCCCCAGCAUCAGGGCCACACCUCCAUCCCCCAGCAUCAGGGCCACACCUCCAUCCCCCAGGAUCAGGGGCCACACCUCCAUCCCCGAGCAUCAGGGCCACACCUCCAUCCCCCAGCAUCAGGGGCCACACCUCCAUCCCCCAGGAUCAGGGGCCACACCUCCAUCCCCCAGGAUCAGGAGCCACACCUCCAUCCCCCAGCAUCAGGGCCACACCUCCAUCCCCCACCAUCAGGGCCACACCUCCAUCCCCAGCAUCAGGGCCACACCUCCAUUCCCCAGCAUCAGGGGCCACACCUCCAUCCCCCAGCAUCAGGGCCACACACCUCCAUCCCCCACCAUCAGGGCCACACCUCCAUUCCCCAGCAUCAGGGCCACACCUCCAUCCCCCAGCAUCAGGGCCACACCUCCAUCCCCAGCAUCAGGGCCACACACCUCCAUCCCCAGCAUCAGGGCCACACCUCCAUCCCCCAGGAUCAGGGGCCACACCUCCAUCCACACCAGGAUGAAUCAAACAGUAUUCACCCCGGGGCGUGGAGAUGACUGUCUCCCCCGCCAGCCUCCCGCUGGCCUCCUCAACUCUCACGGUUUAUGUUGA